AUGUGGUGGUUUCAAAGAUUGAAAUUUGCAAAUGUAGAAUUGUCAGCUUUUAAUGGACUGGCAAUUACAAUUCCUCGUAACAUUAUUAAUGAUAUAUCUAAAAGACCUCAAGAAUUUUAUAUUCGGUUUGUUGAUGCUCCUUUAGAAAAAUAUUCACAUGAAAAUAUGAUACAUAAGAUUUCUGAAACCACUGGACUAAAUUUAGAUUUAAAAUACACUACUACAUUACAAAUCAUUCAAUCAAUGGCUGGUGUUGCUGCUUAUCAAACAUUUAACAAGGAAAUUAUGCAUGAAACUAUAAAUAAAACGAUUCCUGAUGAACAUGGUGUUUCUAAUAUAAAUAAGUAUUAA